AUGGCCGAGUGUUACUUUUGCGGCCCAAAUGUUGACAUUCGCAAUGAUAUCCAUGAGCUGAAACGCCUGGAGAACUGUACGGUAAUUGAGGGUUUCCUGCAAAUUCUGCUCAUCUCUAAAGCAGAGGAUUACCGCAACUUCCGCUUCCCAAAGCUCACUGUCAUAACUGACUAUUUGCUGCUGUUCCGUGUGGCAGGCUUGGAAAGCCUCAGCGAUCUCUUCCCCAACCUCACAGUCAUUCGUGGGAGGAACCUCUUCUAUAACUAUGCCUUGGUUAUCUUUGAAAUGACAAAUCUUAAAGAGAUUGGGCUUCACAACUUGAGGAACAUAACCCGCGGGGCCAUACGGAUUGAGAAGAACUCUGACCUGUGUUACCUCUCCACAGUGGACUGGUCUCUCAUCCUAGAUGCAGUGUCCAAUAACUACAUCGUUGGGAAUAAACCUCCAAAGGAAUGUGGGGACUUGUGUCCAGGAACAAUGGAAGAGAAGCCGUUGUGUGAGAAGACAUCUAUUAACAAUGAAUACAACUACCGCUGCUGGACCACCAACCACUGCCAGAAAAUGUGCCCCAGCUCAUGUGGCAAGCGAGCUUGUACAGACCAAAACGAGUGCUGCCAUCCCGAAUGCUUGGGGAGCUGCACGGCGCCUGACAACAACACGGCUUGCGUGGCCUGCCGCAAUUACUACUACGAAGGAGUCUGCAUGCCCACCUGCCCUCCCAACACCUACAAGUUCGAGGGCUGGCGCUGUGUGACUAAAGAGUUUUGCUCCAAAGUCCCUGCCACUGAAACAAGUGAAUACGAGAGGUUUGUGAUUCACAACGAUGAGUGCAUGGCAGAAUGCCCCUCGGGAUUCAUACGCAAUGGGAGCCAAAGCAUGUUCUGCAGUCCUUGUGAGGGGCCUUGCCCCAAAAUUUGCGAGGACGGGAAAACGAAGACCAUUGACUCUGUCACAUCAGCACAAAUGUUGCAGGGAUGCACCAUUCUCAAGGGAAAUCUGCUGAUUAACAUCCGUCGUGGAAAUAACAUCGCCUCAGAACUGGAGAAUUUUAUGGGUCUGAUUGAGACAGUGACAGGGUAUGUGAAGAUUCGUCAUUCCCAUGCCUUAGUCUCCCUGUCUUUCUUGAAGAACCUGCGGUAUAUUCUGGGAGAGGAACAGGUGGAUGGGAAUUACUCCUUCUACGUGCUUGACAACCACAAUCUUCAGCAGCUGUGGGACUGGAACCAUCAUAACUUGACGAUCAAGGAGGGGAAAAUGUACUUUGCAUUUAAUCCUAAACUGUGUGUUUCUGAGAUUUACCGUAUGGAGGAAGUUUCAGGAACCAAGGGACGACAGAGCAAAGGAGAUAUAAAUCCAAGGAACAAUGGGGAGCGAGCCUCUUGUGAAAGCCACAUUCUGCGUUUUGUUUCCAACACUACGCUCAAGAAUCGGAUUAAACUAACAUGGGAACGGUAUCGCCCUCCAGAUUAUAGAGAUCUCAUUAGCUUCACUGUUUACUACAAAGAAGCACCUUUCAAAAACGUGACAGAGUAUGAUGGGCAAGAUGCGUGUGGCUCCAAUAGCUGGAACAUGGUUGACGUUGACCUGCCACCGAACAAAGAGAACAAUCCUGGAAUCCUACUGCAGGGAUUGAAACCUUGGACUCAAUAUGCCAUUUAUGUCAAGGCUGUUACCCUCACAAUGAUGGAAAACCAUCAUAUUCAUGGAGCAAAAAGUGAAAUUGUGUAUAUACGAACCAAUGCUGCAGUGCCAUCCAUUCCCUUAGAUGUUAUUUCAGCAUCCAACUCCUCAUCCCAGCUGAUAGUGAAAUGGAAUCCUCCCUCUCUUCCCAACGGCAACCUCUCAUACUACAUCGUACGAUGGCAGCAGCAACCUCAGGACAGUUACCUUUACAGACACAAUUACUGCUCCAAAGAUAAAGUCCCAAUUCGAAGAUAUGCUGAUGGGACCAUUGAUACAGAAGAAGCUACUGAACCCACCAAGCCAGAGGGCUGCGGGGGAGAAAAAGGACCUUGUUGUGCUUGUCCCAAGACGGAGGCAGAAAAGCAAGCUGAGAAGGAGGAAGCAGAGUACCGGAAAGUCUUUGAGAACUUCCUUCACAACUCCAUCUUUGUCCCCAGACCGGAUCGGAAGCGGAGGGACGUGUUCCGAAUAGCAAAUGCCACUUUGGCCACUCGAAACAGGAAUGUGACUGGGACAGAUCACUUCACCAAUGUUUCUGACGCAGAGGAGAGUGAGGUGGAAUACCCGUUCUUUGAGACCAAAGUGGAUGGCAAGGAGAGAACUGUGAUCUCCCAUCUCCAGCCUUUUACUCUUUACCGCAUUGAUAUUCACAGCUGCAACCAUGAAGCUGACACACUUGGUUGUAGCGCUUCCAACUUUGUCUUUGCAAGAACCAUGCCUUCAGAGGGAGCAGAUAACAUUCCAGGAACAGUAUCGUGGGAAGCAAAAGAAGAAAAUACCGUCUACCUGAAGUGGUUAGAGCCUGCAAAUCCAAAUGGGCUGAUACUAAUGUAUGAAAUCAAAUACGGGCAGCAUGGAGAGGAGAAGCGGGAAUGUGUUUCCAGACAGGAAUACAAGAAGCUUGGAGGAGCUAAACUAACUCAUCUAAACCCUGGAAACUAUUCUGCUAGAGUUCAGGCCACUUCAUUAGCUGGAAAUGGGUCGUGGACUGAGCCAGUCUCUUUCUAUGUGCAGCCCAAAUCAGCAAACUAUGGAAACUUCCUGCACUUGGUAAUUGUGCUCCCUAUUGCUUUCCUGCUCAUCAUUGGGGGAUUACUGAUAAUGCUGUAUGUCUUUAACAAAAAGAGGAACAGUGACAGACUGGGCAAUGGAGUACUUUAUGCUUCUGUGAACCCCGAGUACUUCAGUGCUUCAGAUGUGUACGUUCCAGAUGAAUGGGAGGUGCCCCGUGAGAAGAUCACCAUGUGUCGGGAGCUUGGGCAAGGCUCCUUUGGAAUGGUGUAUGAGGGAAUAGCCAAGGGAGUGGUGAAGGAUGAGCCAGAGACCAGGGUGGCCAUCAAGACUGUCAAUGAGUCUGCAAGCAUGCGUGAGAGGAUAGAGUUCUUAAAUGAGGCCUCAGUGAUGAAGGAGUUUAAUUGUCACCAUGUGGUUCGGCUGCUUGGUGUUGUUUCUCAGGGCCAGCCUACGCUGGUUAUCAUGGAGCUGAUGACACGUGGGGACCUGAAAAGUUACCUGAGAUCAUUGAGGCCAGACACAGAGAAUAAUCCUGGCCAGGCACCUCCGACUUUGAAGAAGAUGAUUCAGAUGGCAGGAGAGAUUGCUGAUGGGAUGGCAUACCUCAACGCCAACAAAUUUGUUCACAGAGACCUUGCUGCGAGAAACUGCAUGGUGGCAGAAGACUUCACAGUGAAAAUUGGAGAUUUUGGCAUGACAAGAGAUAUCUACGAGACAGAUUAUUAUCGUAAAGGAGGGAAAGGUUUGCUGCCUGUCCGCUGGAUGUCCCCAGAAUCACUGAAAGAUGGAGUCUUCACAACACACUCCGAUGUCUGGUAA